AUGGAGAGUAAUAACACCCAUAGUGAGAACAGCAGUGACUAUCACAUGCAAUUGGUUAGUGCUAACUCAGUGAGAAGAACUCUUUCAAUGGCCUUGGUUCAGAUUUUUGUGUGGCCCUUUGUCUGCAUCAAUUUCCUUAUGUUCUUUGCAUUCUCCAAGAGAGAGGCAUUUAGAGCAGAGACACGUUAUAUAUUGUUUGCACAAACUGUGCUGGUGGACUUGAUUUUCCUUCUACUGACAGAUAUUGUGACGCUUCUCUCAUAUCAGAAUGCACUGAUGCAAGUAGUAUUUUGUAUUCCCCUGUGCGUGAUUAUCGAGAUGCUAACCAUCUCUACACCAUUAACCAUCACUGCUAUGUGUGUGGAGCGUUAUGUGGCCAUCUGCAUGCCGCUCAGACACAGUGCUAUUUCUACCACCAGCAGGACGAUGAUUUUGAUCCUCGUGAUUUGGAUCGUAAGUGCUAUAAAUCCAUUCAUGGAUGUUGUUAUACUCAUUACAACAUCUUCACAGGAGUACCUGACUCAACUCACCCUUUGUCACUAUGAAAUAAUGAAACAAGAGAAAUGGCAUCGCCACAUGAGGGAUAUUAUUUACAUUUUGACAUUUGUGAUCAUGUUCUUGGUUGAUAUCUUAUGUUUUGUGAUGAUUGCUGUAGCUGCACAGGCUGCCUCUGGUGACAAUAAAAAGUCAGCAUCAAAAGGACAACGAACCCUUGUGCUGCAUCUUCUUCAGCUUCUCCUGUGCAUGAUGGAGAUUAUAUGCCCUUAUAUUGAGGGCAUCAUUGUGGAGAUAGAUAUUGAGUUAUAUUUGGCAAUUCGCGUUUUUGAUUUUCUUGUGUUCAGUAUCUUGUCCAGGGCAGUGAGCCCAAUUGCUUAUGGUCUGAGAGAUGAGCAAUUUCGUACAGUCCUGGUUUACUAUGCAAAAUGCAAAAUGAGUCACAUCUCCUCGGAGACAGAAAAAAUAACUGGAGGAUAG